AGGAGACCCGAGCCCCAGCCCCAGGCCAGGUCACGAGACGUCUGCUGCUGCCGCCCCGCCCACCACCCCUGACCUGCCUGCCGCCCCGGGUCACAGGUCACACACAGGAUGCUCGCCGUGCUCAUCUUCGACCAGCUCAACGACGUGGUGUACCUGAGAUGCGACCACAAGUUCGUGAGGCAUGUGCGCGCCAUGGCCCACGCCCAGAGGCUGCUCGGGGACGGCCAGGUGGACCUCGACCUGGUCACCCAGCUGGACCCCAACAUUGUGGUGCAGCUGUUCUCGCCACUGGUCACCUCGCAGCGGAUCAUGGCCACGCAGUUCAACAACCCCUACACCUCCAUCUCCUGCCAGGACGGGACCAAUGUAGUCUUUAAGGAGUAUGCCGGCUACCUCUUUGUGGGGGUGGGUAACCAGGAGGAGAGCCAACUGCAGCGCAUUGUGAGUGUGGCGAUCAGAAUGGUGCAGCUUAUCGUUGGCCCCUGCGUCACCAUCUUGAAGAAAAGUGAAGAGAAGUGCAGCCUGCUUGACAGCCUACUUGAGGCCUGGCAGAACCUGUAUGGCCGGGAACAGAGUUACCUGGUGGAGGCACUAGAGAGGCUCGUUGUUAAUGCAGAGCUCUCGGCAGCUGCUGUCAAGUCACUGGCUACUGUUAUUGACAUGAUGAAGCCAUGCAAGGACCUCUCUCCCUGCCAUGCUCUGUUCUUUGUCAGAAACAAGUUGCUGGCUCUGUACUCAAGUCGAAGUGCCCCCGAGCUGAGUGCAUCAGACCUGCUGUUCCUAAAUUUGAUGGUGGCAGCGAGUCAGAUCAAGGACGGAGACUACACGGAAGAUGCCGCCCCCAAGGUGGCUGUGACACCUGAGGAGAAGAGGGAAGAUGACGGGAUAGAGUUAGACAGCAGUGACUCUGGGGAGUUCUGCAGCUCGCCCAACACUCCCUCAUUGGGUAGGAAUGCCAGCCAGGCAGAGGAAGAAUCCCAGGGAAAAAUCCGCAGCAACGUAUUGCUACUCCGCACUGAUACAUGUCAACUAACCCCUCACUUGGUACACCACGAGACCCUGUCGGAUGGCCUCUCCUUAGUCAUUGUUUCCGAGGUAAAUCGCACACAAAUGUCUAUUCAGCUCCUGACGCUGCUCUCAGGCUUGGAGGAAAUGCUGUCCGGGGAGCUGAAUGGCCGAGGAAAACUGAUCCUGGACGCGUGUGAUGCAGCUGUCAAGAAGUCUCAGGAGCUGGCCAAGCGUAUUCCCAAGGGCAAGGCUUUUGAACGUGUGGAGAGAGCACUGCAGCAGGUACAGUAUCGUUGGGAUAACUUGAAAAGGAGUGGCUUGGAAGACUGGUUGAAAGGCGGAGAUAGUAACGUACCAACCCGCGUGGAUGCCUCCCUCACCUCCCUGGUGGACCUCACCCGCUCAGCUUGGCGGGCUGCCUGCCUCUGCAUCAGCGCUUCAUCCACAGCAUCUCAGGUGGAGUCGGCAGUGGCCAUGGCUUCAGAGCAGAUGGCUGACUACUGUCACUUUCUGGAGGUCAAAGCCCUGAGAAACAUGACGCUGGGUUGUCGCUCAACCCUCACCAUAAACAAGUACCUUGAAGACUUCCCAGGCUUGGUUCACUUCCUGUACAUUGAUCGCUCAACCCACCAGCUCACCUCUCCCACCCUGCUGCCAGAUGAGGCCGCGGAUGUCCCUCAGGACUCUGACACCCCUGCCAGCAGAACCAGGUCUCUCACGGUCUCCAGGGUGUGGUCCAUGGUGGAGUUUGCACGCUCCCACCUCAGCAAGGGACACUUGUCACUCAUGUGGAAAGAUACGACCUUCAACUAUGCCUAUUUUCUCUGGUUUGAGGACAGCAGCAGCAACCCCUUGAAGGUUGGAGAGUUAGAUGAGAACGUCAUAGAAGCUCUUCCUCUGCCUGGCAUCCUGUGUGACGACUUCUACCGAGCUUUCUGCACCCAGGCAUUCCCCGGCAUGGAUCCCAGCAGAAUACGUAUCUAUGAACUGUUCUGUGUCCACCUGGGCCUGGCCACCUCGCCCUGCGUGCUGGAACACACGCGGCGCCUUGCUGCCACUAUAUGGGAGGUGGCUGGAUCAAUAGAUGCAAACCCUGCUGACCUCCUGUAA